UUGUUUAUUAUUAUUUUUAAAUAUUCAAGCUCCAAGCUUUGGUCUUUCAAUGGAUUCCGAUUUCUGGACAUAUCGUCUUGCAGCUGCUAAACGCCAAUACAAUUUGCAGCAGCAAAAUCAAAGCUCUCCUUUGGAUCGUUUGAACAUCGCUGACUUCGAGGUUGAGAACGAGGUACGACCAGAUUUCACAUGUCCCUACUGUUACGAAGAUUUCGAUAUCGUGUCUUUGUGCUCGCAUCUCGAAGAUGAGCAUCCUUGCGAAUCAAAAGUUGCGAUUUGUCCAGUUUGUUCCAAGAAAGUAUCAAGAGACAUGCUAAGUCAUAUCAUGCUGCAACACGGACAUUUAUUCAAGUUGCAGAGACGUCGCAAGUUACGUAGAGUUGCGAUUCCCAACAGCCAGGCACUGUCUCUCUUGGGUCGGGAUCUCCGUGAAGCUCAUUUGCAAGUACUUCUAGGGGGCAGUGGGGGCAGUGCAUAUAGGUCAAGCAGUACUAACUUGUCGAACACAGCUAAUGAUUCGCUCCUUUCUUCACUCAUUUUGAACUUCCCUGCAUCUGAAGCCGAAGAGCUUACUAAAUCGGUUGUAAAUAGCACCGAAGACAUUGCUGCCAAAAAUUUCACACCGACUCAUAUGUGGAAAUCGAGUUUUGACCCCUCUUUGAGCAACGAGGAACGCGAAAAAAGGAUUCGGCGGGCCAGGGGGAGAGCCGGUUUCGUCCAGGAUCUCGUGUUGUCAACUCUUGUGAGUGAGGAACAAAACCAGUAAUAAAAUGUAAAGAAUGAUUGCCAUCUGAAAAUUUU